UUUUAUGUAAUGAAUUUUAGGCUUUCACUUUAAUCUUUGCGUUUAUAUUCAAAAACCGACAUACCUUAACAAUAAUAUAUAAAUAUUAAAAUUACAGAAUUAUGCUAAAGGAUAAAGUCAGAAAAAAAGAAGACCAUCCAGUAUUUUGAAGGCUCGUUGGUCCAAAGGUCCGAAGAAGAUAGAGGAAUAAAAGAUAGUGUAAUGUAUAAAUACUGAACAGAAAAGGAAAGGGUUAAAACAAAUGACUAUGCUUGGACACGUGUUCAUACACAUGAGACAGGGUUAUUAUGUUCUUUAACACAGAUGUCUGGUGUGCAGUGUUUAUAAUUUUGCUAAAGAGGAGUGUUUACAAGGAUUUAUCAAAACUAACCAAUAAUGAUCACAAGAUUCCAAAACAAAAGAGCAUAUGGGCGUCAUAGACAGCGUCGAAUAAGUUUGGCUUCUUGUGCAAGACCUCAAUCUUCUUCAAUACUUCUUGUAGUUGAUGAAAAGGAAGAUGCUGAUGAAGAAUAUCACAAGAAGAACUUGGAAAGAAAGAUAAGUAGUGACAUUAGUACAUCUGGAGCAUCAAGUACAUUUGACAAGCUUUUAAAAGAAGGUCAACAGAAAAGAAUUACUCGACAAAAUGCCCAUGUAACUCCUGUUGUGUGGAACUCUUCACUUUCUGAUUCUCAUUCCAAUACUGAAAGUUCUGAUAGUGGGACUUUGUUUAAAUCUCUUUGUGACAAGCCUGCUGCCAGUGCUAGAUGUAUUUUAUCUCCAGCUGUCCCAGUUACCAAUGGAAAGUACACAAAAGAAUGCCAAAAUAAGGGAACAAAGGGAAACUUUGGUAAGCUCACCCAGAGAAAUUUAGUUGAAAAAGACAAAACUAAAAACAAAAGGGUGAGAAUAACAAAGCAUAACAUUCCAAACCCUGCUAGUAACUCUAAAACAGAAUUAUCAAAAAAAAAUCUCAGAAAACUUUCUAUUGAUUGGAGUGAGAUUGAUGCAUAUAGUUUUGUGUUUGAAAAAAUACCAAGAAAAACAAACUGCCACCAACAUCCAAACUUUCCUAGUAGGUCAACAGUAAAUGAUGAUUACCAGGAUAACAGUGAAUCUGUUUGUGUUGAACUUGUUGCCAAUGGUUCAAACAACCCUUCCAAAGAAACUGUAGAUAACUUACACAAUGACCAAGAGUCUGUUUCCAGUGAAGUGGAAAACCAAAAUCUAAACCUAUCUUCAGAAUCUGUAGCAACAACAUUACCAGAUAUACUCAAUUUUGGUAUUCAACAAAAGAAGCAAAGAUUGGCUAGUGAACAAGAACAAGAAUCAUCAAAAUUAGAUAAUGUUGAACACUUUUCAGAAGUUGAAAAGAAUGGUAAUUCACAAAGCAGUCAGCAUAAUUGUCAUUCUAAUUCUUGCAUGCUAGAGAAUUUAUCAAACAUUAGCCAGUGCUCAAGUCCUGAAGUUGGUUGGGUUGCAACAGAGAGAAAGUCUUCAUAUUUGAUUUCAUCUCAGAAGACAAGUACUCCAAACACUAGAGUUAAAUACCCGUGGGAAAAACGACUACUUAAACCCUCAAAGUUAUUGCAAAGACAGACAGAGCUCUCAGAAAGUUUUAAUGGUGCUCUACAUAAUAAGAGUGUAAAUGAUUUACAUGAAACUCAGAGUGACUUGAAAACUGUAAAGGAUACACUGGAUAAACUUCUACAUUCAACAAGAUCAUCAGUAUUUAAUAUGAGAUUAACACCUCAUCAUCCUAGUAAAAUUGGAAAUUCCUCCAAACAAGAAAAACAAAAAGAUUAUUUUCAACAAUCAAAUGAUGCCUCUUUUAGCCAGUUUUCAGCAGACUUGUUUCAGAGUCGUGAAAAGCCAAAGAAUAAGACUCGGCAGCAAAUACCCAAUGCACUUAACCUACAGACAUCUGCUUUAGUUAACAGGGAAGCUACAGAAGAUGUGACAGCAAAACAAUGUAUUGAAGAAAACCCAGAUAAUAACAAAAAAUCUGUGUCUGUUGAUAUGUUCCUUGAAGUUUCAAGUGCUUUAGACUCUCCUGUCUCUUCUUCAUUCUAUGAAUUUUGUCCAAGUGCUGUUAAGGAAGUUCAUCUGAAGUUACAAGCUGAGGAGCUUUGCAGAUCAUUGCGUGUAGUUCUAACACCCCUGCAGGCAUCUUAUCGUGGAAGGAUAUCUCUGAUCACUCCAGUACAUAAAGUAUUAGCACUUUGUGGUCAAAAUGAGCCAAUCUCUUUUUCUGUAGCUUUUCCACAAAGAUUCUUAUCAAGAUGCAAAAAAAUUGGGGAAGGAGUAUAUGGAGAAGUAUUUCAUUCUAACUCACCUCAAGGGGAAGAAAUUGCAAUAAAAAUUGUUCCUAUAGAAGGGGACUUUCCUGUAAAUGAGGAAUCACAGAAAAACUUUGAAGAAAUCCUUCCUGAAAUAGUUGUAUCUCAAGAGCUCACCAAGUUAAAUGACGAUAAAGAGAACAUGACAUCAACUUUUAUUUCUGUGAAACGAGUUAUGUGUGUUCAAGGAAAAUACCCUAUCAAACUUCUUCAAGAAUGGGACAAGUUUGCAAAGAACAAAUCUACUCUUAAUGAUCGUCCAGAUAUAUUUGACACAAAUCAGCUGUAUAUCAUAUUUGAGUUUUCUGAUGGAGGGUGUGACCUAGAGUCUUUCCAUUUCACCAGUGCUGAAGAAGCUGUGAGUGUCUUAAAACAAGUGGCUUGUGCUCUGGCAGUUGCAGAAGAAGCUUUGCAGUAUGAGCAUCGAGAUCUUCACUGGGGCAAUAUUUUGGUUGCACGAAGCACAAAAGAAAAUGUUGAAUUUACCUUUAAGGGAAAGAAACUUAGUUUCCCAGCUUGUGGAGUGUUUGUCUCUAUUAUCGAUUUUACACUUUCUAGGUUCACUAAAGAUGGCUGCACAGUCUUUACUGACCUAAGCAAUGACCUAACUCUAUUUACGGGAGAAGGAGAUUACCAGUUUGAAAUUUACAGGCUUAUGAGAAAACAUAAUCAAAAUGAAUGGGAAUCUUUUCAUCCUUUCACCAAUAUUCUCUGGCUACAUUAUCUCGCAGAAAAACUGGUUAACAGUAAAAAAUACAAAAGUCGAUCAAAGAAUCAUAGAGUAGCCCUUGGACAACUAAGAUCACUUAUGUCUACAUUGUUGAAAUUCCAGUCUGCUUCAGAUUUCAUCCAAGAGUCUUAUACUUCAUGAAAAGAGUUUAUGAUUUAGAAUGUGCUUUUGAAACACUUCUAUUAUGAAUGUAUGAAAAAGUGAAAAGUAUGUGUAUGAUUUAUUAUUAUGUUAGUGUAUGGUCACUGAUGUGUUUCAACUCAACAAUAUUAUGACUUUGGUGAUACAUUUCCAACAAUGCAGUAAAUGUAUAUUUUUUUAAUAAUAUGUGUUAAAUAGUUUU